CGGCGAAGGCUGCGACAGCUGCAGCAGCGGGGCCGGGGCUGGGGCUGGGGCUGGGGCUGGCAGCCCGGGCGGCCGCGGGCGCCAUGGGCAAAGGCGGGGAGCAGGGAGAUGAGGGCUCCACCGAGAGGGAUGCACCCGUGCUGCCCACCUACAGCUGGGAGGAGGUCCAGAAGCACAACCUGCGCACGGACCAGUGGCUGGUCAUAGACCGCAAGAUCUACAACAUCACCCAGUGGUCCGGCCGCCAUCCGGGCGGACGUCGGGUCAUCGGCCACUACGCUGGCGAGGAUGCCACGGAUGCGUUCCUCGCCUUCCACCAAGACCUACGAUUUGUGAGGAAGUUCAUGAAGCCCCUGCUGAUUGGGGAGCUGGCCCCUGGAGAGCCCAGCCAAGACCGUGGCAAGAGUCCUCAGAUCACCGAGGACUUCCGAGCCCUGAGGAAGACCGCGGAAGACAUGAAGCUCUUUGAGGCCGAUCACACGUUCUUCCUUCUGCUCCUGGCCCACAUCGUCGUCAUGGAGAGCAUCGGCUGGUUCACCGUUUUCUACUUUGGCACUGGCUGGAUCUCGACCAUCUUGACAGCCUUCAUCUUAGCCACCUCCCAGGCCCAGGCUGGAUGGCUCCAACAUGACUAUGGCCAUCUCUCAGUCUACAAGAAAUCCACGUGGAACCACGUUGUCCACAAAUUUGUGAUCGGCCACCUCAAGGGAGCUUCAGCCAACUGGUGGAAUCAUCGGCACUUCCAGCACCACGCCAAGCCCAACAUCUUCCAGAAGGACCCCGAUGUGAACAUGCUCCACGUCUUUGUUCUGGGCGAGUGGCAGCCAGUGGAGUACGGCAAGAAGAAACUGAAAUACCUGCCUUACAACCACCAGCAUCAGUACUUCUUUUUCAUCGGGCCGCCGUUACUCAUCCCAAUGUACUUCCAGUUCCAGAUCAUCAUGACCAUGAUUGUGCGCAAAGACUGGGUGGACUUGGCCUGGGCCAUCAGUUACUACACACGGUUCUUCAUCACCUACACCCCUUUCUAUGGAGUCCUGGGAUCCCUGUGUUUCCUCAACUUUAUCAGGUUCCUGGAGAGCCACUGGUUUGUGUGGGUCACACAGAUGAAUCAUAUUCCUAUGGACAUCGAUCGGGAGAAAUACCAAGACUGGCUGAGCAGCCAGCUUUCAGCCACCUGCAACGUGGAACAGUCCUUCUUCAAUGACUGGUUCAGUGGCCACCUCAACUUCCAGAUCGAGCACCAUCUCUUCCCCACCAUGCCGCGUCACAAUUACCACAAGGUCGCCCCCCUGGUCAAGUCUCUGUGUGCAAAGCAUGGCAUCCUUUACCAAGAAAAGCCCCUCAUGAGAGCCCUGCUGGACAUCGUGGGGUCCUUGAAGAAGUCAGGAGACCUCUGGUUGGAUGCUUACCUCCACAAAUGAAGCCCACCCCCCUUAGGGACCUGUGGGGAAGGGAGGCAGGGGCUGAGCAGCACGUUUGAGUUAGGGUGGACCAAGCUCCUCCAAGAGGGCUCGGGGCCAUUUCAGGAAACCUCCAUGGGAGCCCCCUUUGAUACCCCUUCCCCUCUUGUCUCUCUGCCUCCCCUUCUCUCUCCUGUCUCUGUCUCCUCUUUCCUCUCUGU